UCCAGAGCUGCAGGCCUGAAGGCAGGAAGCAGCUCAAAAGAUGAGCUCUUUGUGGUAAAUCUGACGGAUCAAGAUGUCGGAGCAGCCGGUCAGGAAGGCGUCCGCCAACAAGAACAUCAAGAAGCUGAGGGCCAUCAGCGCCGUCUGCAGCCUGACCAGCAGCUGGCAGAAAUGGGUGUCAGAUAACGAGACCAAGCAGGCCAGCGAGCCCAGCGGCUGGUCGCCUGCUUCACUGGGAGGACCAGAGGAGAAGCCCAAGAAGACCUGGGUCCCCAAGAAACCUCCUCCAGAAGCUCCCAAAGAGGCCCCAACUCCUCGAGGUGCUACCAGGGCCGAGGAGGUCAAACCUGAGCCUCUGUCUCUCAUCAAGACCAAGCAGGUGGUGAAGACGGUGACCAGCAGCGUCCAGGAGAAGAGCGCCGGCGUCGGGCUGCUGACCGAGAAGAUCCAGAAGGAACGGCCGGCGUCCGGAGAGGAGAUCGACAAGCUGCUGAAGAAGAAGCGUUCUCCAACGAGGAGGAGGAAGUGUUCCAACAUGGUGUCGUCUCUGACCAAGAGCUGGAAGCAGGUGGAGACCGAGCAGAAGGCUGGAAAAGAUGGAGGACGGACCAGCAGGACGGAGGAUGAAAGAUCUGGAGGAAGAACCAGCAGGACGGAGGAUGGAGGACAGAUGGAGGUGGAGAAGAAGCUGGACAUGGAUGAUGGAGGAUCGGGAGGAUCUGGAGGAGGAAGAACCAGCAGGACAGAGGUGGAGAAGAAGCUGGACAUGGAGGACAAACAAAAGGCGAACUUUAAUAGAGAAGAAGAAGAGAUGAGCUCUGAAGAAGACUCUGCAGUCAGGAUAAAAAGACCUUCAGCUCCAUUGUGGUACAAAAAAGAGGCCGAGGACGCCAACAAGAUCAACAUUCUCUCCAAGAAGUUCAGCGCCGUGGGGAACCUGAAGAGCCGCUGGCAGACCUGGGCCUCGGAGCACUCGGUGGGCCAGAAGCUGAACCCGUUCAGCGAGUACUUCGACUACGACUACUCCAUGUCUCUGAGGCUGCAGAAGGGCCAGGAGGGCUACGGUCGGCCCAAAGAGGGAACCAGGACGGCAGAACGGGCCAAACGGGCCGAGCAGCACAUCCACCGGGAGAUCGACGACAUGUGCUACGUGAUCAGGACCAUGGCCGACCCGGAUCCAGACGGGAAGACCAGGGUCACCUUCGGCCAGCUGUUCGACAGGUACGUCCGGAUCUCUGACAAGGUGGUGGGGAUCCUGAUGAGGGCCCGGAAACACGGGAAGGUGGCGUUCGAAGGAGAGAUGCUGUGGCAGGGUCAGGACGACGCAGUCAUCAUCACUCUGCUGGUGUAGCAGCACACCUGGACUCACCUGGAUCCUCACAGCUGAUUGGAUGACACUCUGGAAUCCUCUCACAGCUGAUUGGAUGACACUCUGGGACCUGUAAUUCACCUGGAAUGCUUCCACAGCUGAUUGGAAAAAGCUCUGGAUCCUCUCACAGCUGAUUGGACGACACUUUGGAACCUAUAAAAUCACUUGAAAGCUUCUUACAGCUGAUUGGACAACAUUCAGGAAUCCUCACAGCUGAUUGGAUGACACUCAGGAAGCUGUACACUUAUAAUCCUCUGACAGUUGAUUGGACAAAACUCUGGAAUCCUCAUAAAUGAUUGGAUGACACUCUGGAAUCCUCUCACAGCUGAUUGGACGACACUCUGGGACCUGUAAUUCACCUGGAAUGCUCCCAAAGCUGAUUGGAAAAAGCUCUGGAUCCUCUCACAGCUGAUUGGACGACACUUUGGAACCUGUAAAAUCACUUGAUUGGACAACAUUCAGGAAUCCUCACAGCUGAUUAGACAACACAGCUGUACUUGUACACCUGGAAUCCUCUUAGAGCUGAUUGGAUAACACUCAGGAACCUGUACACUUGUAAUCUUCUGACAGCUGAUUGGACGACACUCAGGAGUCCUCACAGCUGAUUGGACAACACAGCUGUACUUGUACACCUGGAAUCCUCUUAGAGCUGAUUGGAUAACACUCAGGAACCUGUACACUUGUAAUCUUCUGACAGCUGAUUGGACGACACUCAGGAGUCCUCACAGCUGAUUGGACAACAUUCUGGAACCUGUAAAAUCAUCUGGAGUCCUCUCCAAGCUGAUUGGACGACAGUAAGGAACCUGUUCACCACCUAGAAUGGUCUCACAGCUGAUUGGACGGCGGUCUGGAGCCUGUAAAAUCACCUGAAUCCUCUCACAACCAAUUGGGCAACAUUCAGGAACUUUUAUACCACCUGAAUUCCUCUCACAGUUGAUUGGACGGUGCUCUGGAACCAGUAAAAUCACUCUGGAAUCGUUACAGGUGAUUGGACAACACUACGGAACCUGUAAACCACCUGGAAUGGUCUCACAACUGAUUGGACGAAACUUUAGACCCUCUUUCAGCUGACUGGAUGACACUGGACCCUGUGAAACCAUUUCAAAUCCUCUCGCACCUGAUUGGGUGACGCUCUGGAAUCCUCAGCUGAUUGGACAACACUCUGGAACCUAUAAAACACCUGAAACACCGCUAGAGGAUUUUAGUUUGACCAGAGAGCUUCAGAACAACUUCAGAAGUUGGACUCUUUGUUUAGAAUCCAGAGAACACUUUGCUGCUAUUUCUGUAGAUACUUGAAGACCGUUUCUUUCUGUCGUGGAUGUUUGAAUUCGGCGUUUUGAGACUCUGAAGCUGCACAGAUAAAGCUCCUGCUUCAGGCUCCUCCACUUUCUGUUCAGUUUGCAGAUUUUCAGAAGUGUCUCUUUGGCACUUUUCUUUACAGCUUCUGUUAAUGAGAGCCUUGACUACGUGUUAAUGUACCAAAUAACCGGCAGCCCUGCAGGAUUCUGCAGGACAGUAACUCAGACGGGGAUUCGGUUUCACUGCCUGAAUAUCUGCAGCUCAGCGUUCAUUAAACUGCAGCAGCGCUUUAAAACACUGAAGCUGUUACAGUGAAUGACUGAAUGGUGGGAAAAAGAGUUUUCUUUUCCAAAUAAAUGUUUGAAUAUUUGAAGAUUGAGGCAAGACUGAUGUUAUUUUGGCAUCAAAUAAAUUCUGUUUUGAAGUCAUUUAAACACAAAGUGUGCAGAUUGGGACAAACUGCACUCUAAAAACAUCUUCAAACAUUAAAAUCUAGCA